CCCCGCAAAACCAACAUCCGGUCCGCGUCUCGGAGCUCGGAGCGGCUUCAGAACUUUCAUUUCGGCGGCCUGGUUCUGCCGAACCGGUUCUGCUGCGGCUCCGCCGCUCGUCUUGUUCUGCCGGUCCGGUUCUGGCUGCGGCCCCGCUGCGCGCCUGGCUCUCCCGCCCCGGGUCUGUUGCGGCUCUGGCGGUCUGCUGUGUCCGGAGCCAGUCCGGUGUGUUUUGGUGGUGAGCGCCCCCCCAGGACAAGCGGCCCCCGGGCUUCCCGGCAGCCAUGGGCCGCGGAGACGGACCGACCCGGGACAGACCCUUAGUGCGGCCGCCCGGUGAAGACAGACCUCCCUUCGACAUGGGCCCUCCCGGCUGGGGCCCUCCUCCUCCUGACGGCUGGGGCCCUCCGCCUCCCGGGGGUUGGGGCCCGCCUCCUCCUGACGGGUGGGGCCCUCCACCUCCCGGAGGCUGGGGCCCGCCUCCUCCCGGAGGCUGGGGUCCUCCUCCACCACCUGGAGGCUGGGGCCCGCCACCCCCUGGGGGGUGGGGACCUAGAGGACCGCCUCCCCCCGGCUUUGGGCCCCAUCCGGACGACUGGCCGCCCCCUCCUGAGGACUGGAUGCGGGAACGGGAGUACUGGAGACGCUUUCCCCCAGAGGACUGGAGGGGGCCCCGGCUUCCACCUGAGGACUGGGCCCGGGAUAACGGUCCGCCACCCCCAGGCUGGGGGCCUCCGCCCGGUUGGGGCCCCCGUGAACCGUGGGGACAUGAGCCCGUGCCUCCUCCAGGACCCGUUCCCCCAGGCCCUGUCCUCCCCCCUCCGGUGCCUCCUGUCGGGAUUCCUCCCCCGGACCCCGCAGCGUUCCCCCCAGUCCCCCCACCCGGCUGCAUGCCCCCCUUUGGGUUCCCGGCUUACCCCCCAACCGCCUGGCCCCCAGAGCCGGUGGUGGAGCCGCCGAUGCCGAACCCUCCACCCGAUCAGCCGGAGUGGAUCAAAGCUCUGAUCUCAGCCCCGCCCACUGACUCCGCCCCCGCUGACACCGCCAACCCCCCCGAAGAACCGCCCGCUGUGCCGUCCGGCACCGAGCCCCCCAAACCCAAAGAUGAAGGCAGCAAACCCCCCAAAGCCCUCGGCCUGCUGGGAAAACGCACCUACGAGAAGCCUCCUCCUGGUAGAUCAACAGGAAUCAUUUCUUUCAUUGGGCCGACUUUCGGCUACAUUGAAAGAGAAGAUCUGGAGAAGUUCUCCUUCAGCUUUGACGUCUUCUUCGGUAACCCCAAAGCCAUGACGCCCGGGGUCAGAGUUCACUUCACCGCCUGUAAGGAGAAGAACAACCAGAUUGCCACAGAUGUGAAAGUGGCUCCAGGAGGAACUGAGAACGUGGACCCGGAGAUCUACGAGGCUGUGGUCUCUCAACCCAUCGUAGAGCCUCAGCCUGGUGAGCGUCAGUACCCUGGGCAGGUCUUUGUGAACCUGGGUCCUCUGAGGACCAACCUGACCUUUGAGAGGAAGGACAGCUCGGUGACGCUGCUGAAGGACGACCAGGUUCUGCUCAACGUCCUCAACAACAUCGUGACGGAGAAACGCAGAGCCACCAACAUCCGACCCAAGAUCCCCUCCACCUUCACACACACCAAGGAGACCCGGCUCAGGGGGGUGAUCCUCAGCUUGAAGGACACUGAGGGGGUGAUCCGCUGUGAAGAGCAUGGCGAGCUGCCCUUCGACAUCCAGGAGAACUUCAGUGAUGUGGACUUCGCGGCGGAGGACGUCGGAGAGGAGGUGGAAUUCACCAUGAUGGAGCUGAAGGCGGAGAAGCGAGCCAUCAGGCUCCAGCGGGCGAAGGAGCCGCUGCUCCUCACGCUCUGCUCCGCCACCAAGGAGGCCAGCAAGGAGGCGAGCAAGGAUGCCAGCAAGGAGGAGUCCCAGGGGAGCAGCAACUUCAAGGAGGAGCUGCUGACCAACUUGAAGCUGGACCCCGAGCUGUACGAGGGCAUCGUUACCCAGCCCAUCAUCGAGCCCACGCCCACCACGCGAGGGUUCCCAGGUCAGAUCAGCGCCAACAUUGGACCGGUCCCCACGAACGUGACCUUUGACCACCGCGACUGCUCCUUCACGCUCCUGAAGAACGACCACGUGUUGAUCAACCUGCUGGUGGACCAGGUGACCCGGAAGAGGAGGGCAGCCAACAUCCGGCCCAAAAUCCCCUUCACCUUUAGCUACACCAAGGAGACCCGCUGCCUGGGGGUCAUCGUGAAUCUGGGAGACGACGAGGGCGUCGUGAAGUCAGACGAACACGGCGAGUUGCCCUUUGACCUCUUUGAAAACUUCAGUGACUCCGAGUUCAACAGCAACGACCUAAACAAGGAGGUGGAGUUCACCACGGCCAUGGUGAAGUCAAAGAAGAGGGCAAUCAGGCUGAGGAGAAUGGCGGCGGUGGGGGACCCGAUUCUGCUGGGACAGAAGAAGCGUAAGGAGGAGGAGGAGGCGAGGAGGAAGAAGGAAGAACAGGAACAGCAGGAGAGGGAGGAGGAGAGGAAGAAGAAGGAGGAGGUGGUGGCGGCAUUAGCAGCAGCUAAAGACAAGUGGACGCCACUUGGCUUCACUGUCAGAGAUCCAGACUCGAUGGACGAUAUCAGCAAGGAGCGAUUCGAAGGCACCGUCCUCAGAGCCAUUUCCAGGAACCCCCGUAAGGAGAUCAAGAUUAAGAGGGAGCCAAAGGAGAAGGAGGAGAAGGAGAAAGAGGAGGAGGAGGAGAAGAAGGAGCAGGAAGGGGAGGGGCCUAAGAAGCUAAAGGAGCAGGGAGGCACAGACGAUGGACAGACGCCCCCCAUAAAGGUGAAGGAGGAGAAAAUGGAUGAAGAUGGAGGAGGAGGAGACCCGGAGGUGAAGACGGAACCCGAGGAGGAGAAGGUGACGGAGGCGCCGCUACCGGCGUCUCGGGGUGGAGCUAAAGCAGAGGUGGAGACUGGUCGGCUGGUGAUGACCAUCGAUGGACAACAGAAGCUGCUCACCUUCAGCCCGCGAGACCUGCUGAGCACGGCCACCAUGUUGGACGGAGACAAGGUGCGUUUCAACAUCGCCACCAACAGAGAGUCCAAAGAGGAGCGAGCCACCUUCGUGGAGAUCCUGCCCGACUCUUUCGAGGAGUCCAUCGAGCAGCGGCGGCAGGGCAUCGUGAUUGAAUUCUCCAACGAUUCGGGACUCAUCAAGUGCUCCCAGAACCCUCAGCUGUUCUUCCACAUGUCCGAGGUCAUCGAGAAGAAGAAGCUGGAGCUCAACGAGAAGGUGGAGUUCAGCGUGGUCCCACAUGAAACAGCGGAGGGUGGGCACCAGGCUAUCCGCAUCAAACGCUUCACCGAGAGCGUCUUCCUGUCCGUCAGGAAACUGGGAGGAGUAGGAGCCUCCAAAGGGAAGAUGACCAUCAAACUGGCCAAGCCUUCAGAGCAGCCUCAGAAAUCAAAACCAGAGCAGGACAAGCUGAAGGCCGUGGUCAAAAACCUAAGGGCGCAGGAUAGUAAGAGCAGCAGGAGGGAAUCCAGUGUCACACGGCGGCGGCACGACGCCCACAGCAGCAGUAAGAGCAGGAGCCCGCCCAGAGAUCAGUUUGGACGCGUCCUCAAAAGGAGGCGCAGCCCGAGCGUCGAGCGUGACCGCCGGAGCAGCAGGCACCGGCACAGCCGCGAACGGACGCGCCGCCGCUCCAAGAGCCGCAGCGGCAGCUCCAGCAAGAGCUCCAGCAGGAGUCGCAGCAGGAGCAGAGAGAAGAGCAAAGACAAGGCGGCGAAGAAGAGGAGCAAAACCAGCAAGGAGCGCGACGAAAGCCACAAGAGGAGGAGAGAGCCGAGUCCUCGUCGGCGGGGAGCGGUCGUGGAUGACGAAUUGGCGAGGAAGAAACGGGAGCUGGAGGAGCUGAAUGAGAUCAUUGCUUACAAGAAGGUGCUGGUGGACCCUCGAGGACUGGACCCUGGACAGAGGACCUGCAUAGACUACGACCACGGAAGGAUCGCAGUCCCGCUCACAGAGUAUAAACCAGUCCGAUCCAUCCUGAAGAAGAGACCCGAAGGACACGAUUUGCCCCGCCACCCUCCUUAUGAUGAUCCCUAUUACAGCCGGCCAUACAGUCCUUAUGACGAUCGGCGUUACGCUGAUCGCUACGGUGAUCCGUACACCAGCCGACCCUACCCUGAUCGGCCGUACAGCGAGCAUCCAUACGGUGACCGACCGUUUGAAAGUCGUCCCUAUGGCGACCCCCCAGAGCCUCGCUACACCGACCGCUAUGAUGUUUACGAUGAGCCUUACGAAGAUCGUUACUACGACUCAACGUAUGCUGACCGGUCCUACGACCCUUAUGGUCCGUCCAAACCGAGUCAGUCUUCAGAACCCUGUGGUCCUCCUCCACCUGUCUCCAAACAGGCUCCUGCUGCUUCUGGUCUGCCUCUGUCACACACCCCCGUUUCCUCCACCACCUCUUCCUCUGCCCAGGCACCUUUCAGACCGUCUUCUCCCAUCGAGCCUCGACAUCUUCCUCCUCCUCGAAGUCCCUCUCCCAAACCAGAGUUCGCUGUAUCCAGCAUUUCACCUCCCACAGAGAAGCCCCCCCUGGACCGCUUUCUGGACAUGCUGAAUAAGAAAUCCAUGGCUGUGAAUCCACCAGAACCGGUCUGUGUGGACGAUGACCUCCUGCCUCACGAGCGCGCUCUCCGGGACGGUAAGGGCUUCUCCCAGAUUGUGGGAUUUGCUCAAGAACCGCCCAGUGUGUCCCGAGAAGUGGAGAACAGGCCGCCGAGUCCAAAACCGUCCUCAAUGGAUAAAUCGAAUGAGGAACCAAAUGUUGAACCGUACAACAAGAUCCAAAGUCUGCUCCGUACCAUUGGCCUGAAGCUGAGUUCUGGAGAGGUGUCCAAACUGGCCAGCAAAGCGCAGGAGAAACUGUAUGGCCUGAAGUCGUCGUCCUUAGAAAGAGAGGCUGUGUCCUCGCCAAAAACUGAUCCACGAGCUGGCAGAACUGGGUCUGUUGAGAUGGAUCACGUCCAUUCUCCCUCCCCGGCCAGAUCCUCCAGCCUGGAGCCGCUCGGCAAACACAAAGCUGCUGCCUCAGAUUACGACGGAUUUUUGGACCCGCAGGAGUUUGAGGCUCUGAAGAGGGCGCAGCAGCUUCACAGUUUGACCAAGUCGAUGGGCAGUUCUCCCCCCACCACCCCUCCUACAGCUCCCCCAGGGCCUCCACCCUCUCACUACCAUCACCCGACGCCGUCAGUCAACUGGCCACUUGCGCUCGGGACCGACGCCUCCCUUCCUCAGCCCUCCACAUCCACAAGCCAGGGGAUUAUGGCUCCUUCCGUAACCCCACAACCUCAAAAGAGACUGGGACCUCCUCCUGGACCUCCUCCUGGUCCUCCACCCAAACGUCCUCUUGGGCCUCCUCCUUUUGCUCCCCUAACCGCUCAUUCAGUCUUGCCCUUUAUCGGUCGUCCUCCUCCAUCAGCAGCCAGCCCUGAUCCUCUGCAGCCUCCUAUGACAUCUCUGCCGACCUUGCCGACGUUACCAACACCAGUGACCUCCACUCCUUCGGCUAACUGUGGCUCAGCCAUCUCCACCACAGUGGCCCGGUGUCUGAAGGUCAUAGAGACGGUCAAAUCUCUUGCGGCGCAGCCAUCGGCCAAACCGGUCAAGUCGGUCCAGUUCAGUUUACCAACGGAGACUUCCCUGUCCCCCAGUCACCUGGCCUCAGAGACAGACGACGAAGUGAAGGCCAAGCAGAAGGAGAAGCUGGAUCUGUACAAUCAGAGGAUAUUGGACAAAAGGGAGCAGCAGUACAAAGAGAUGCUCAACCGAAAGAAGCGCGGAGAGAAGAUCAAAGACGUCCCGCUUGCCUGUGCAGGGACCAGCAGUGAACCCAAGAAUGUUUGGAUCUGUGGUCACUCGCUGGUCUACUGGGCCGAGUCCCGGGCAAAGUCUCCAGAGGUAGGUAUGCAGUUGGGCAUGGAUCCCAGCCGGGUGACCAUCUGGUGGAAGGGGACUCAGGGCAUGACAUGGUCCCAGCUGCUGCCCCAACUCCACCAGCUGAAGGUCACCUGGCCCAACCCAGAUGUCCUCAUUGUGCACCUGGGCGGAAACGACCUGAGCACCGACAGCCCCACCGACCUGCUGGCCUCCGUCAAAAAGGACCUGACCUCCAUGCGGAGCAUCUUCCCGCAGUGCAUUCUCGUCUGGUCCAACAUCCUCCCCCGGAGGGUGUGGCGCCACUCGUCUGAUAACCACGAGGUGGACCUUGUUCGCACCACGGUCAACCGUCGCAUCCAGAACAUCAUCUCGGAGCUGGGCGGCACCUCGCUGACCCACGACAACAUCCGCUGUGGGGCCAACACGGGCCUGUACCGCGCCGAUGGGGUGCACCUGUCACCCAAAGGCAUCGAUGUGUUCAAUCUCAACCUGCAGGACUUCCUGGAGAAGUGGGACCUGGAGGUCAGCGCUUCCUCCGAGGGGACCUGAGGGGUCCUCGUCCCCUCGCUCAGUUUUUGGGGUCACUGUGCUUUUCUUUGUAGUCUCAGCUCCGACAGAUGUCAGGAAGUUCUAAAAAAGAAAAAAAAAAAGUUCCCUGUGAUUUCCUUUAAGAAGGUAAAAGUCCUCAUCAAUUAUUUCUCUGUAGAGAUAUUUUUACUUUGUGCUUCUGAUCAAUAAAGUUCUUCGGUCUCAUG